GGUCCAACUCAUGAUCAUGAAGGAUGCUCCGACUGCAGAUAUGCGCUAUGCAAUGCACAUCAUCAUCGCUGGGGCCGUUGACCCAACAUAAGAGCUAGACGGUACCCCGGAUUCCCCACGUCUUGUUCCAUUCCCUUCAUUCAUCAGCCCCAGUUCAACCAUGUCGUUCAAUGCUCUCACGGAUAUUCCAAACCUUCCUGGCAAGGUGAUACUCGUCACCGGAGGCAACACAGGCUUGGGCGCAGCCACCAUCAAGGCCAUCGCCCCUCACAACCCAUCCACCAUCUACCUUUGCGCGCGACCCGUCUCCAUCCCCAGCGCAGAAACACUCAUCUCAUCCAUCAAGCAGACCUCGCCAGACGUCAACAUCAAGAUCCUCCCCCUGGACCUCUCCUCAUUCGCCAGCGUCCGCGAGUGCGCCGCCGCCUUCCUCCAACAGGAGCAGCGCCUUGACCUCCUCUUCCUCAAUGCGGGCAUCUCCACCACCGCCCCUGCGCUGACGCAGGACGGCUACGAGAGCCAAUUCGGCAUCAACCACAUGGGUCACGCGCUCCUCACGCAGCUCCUCAUGCCGCGCCUCCUUGCCACCAAGCAGCAGGGCCACGACGUCCGCAUCGCCGUCACCUCGUCCAUGGCCGCGCACAUGGACCCCCCACCGACUGGCCUCGCGCUCAACGAGAUGAAGGGUAACGCUGACCCCCUCGCGUCGCCCUACCAGCGCUACGCGCACACUAAGCUCGCUGCCAUCCUAUUCGCCCGGAAGCUCGCCCAGCUCUACCCCUCCAUCCAGUCCGUCUCCUUCAACCCGGGCCAGGUCAAGACGGAUUUGUUCAAGAAAGCGACGGGCAUCAACAAGUGGUUCAUGUUGUUUGUCGGCACACCGUUCUUGUGGUGGACGGGCGUCAGUGUGGAUAAGGGGGCAGAGAAUGGCCUUUGGGUGGCGUUCACCAAGGACGCCAAGAAUGGUGCCUACUACGAACCUGUGGGUGUGCUGACGGAAGACAAGAAGUUCUUCCAGGACCAGGCUCUGACAGAUGAGCUCUGGCGCUGGACAAACGAGGAGCUUGCAUCGCACGGUACGCCAGGAUGGCCUGCAGUGGAAGAUGCUUAGAACAAGAGCACGACUGGACAAAUACUGCUACGAAAUAUCUCUAUUGUGUUUCCAUC